CCGAAGCUGCCGGGCAAGAUGGACCUGAGCGCCCAGCGGCGGGCGGCCCUGCGCUGGGCCCUGGCCCUGCUGCUGGCGCUGCGACUGCGCAGCCUGGAGGCCGGGGCCCACAGAGCCGCGGACCCUGACUUCCAGGAGGCCUACUUCGAGCAGCUCCUGGACCACUUCAACUUCGAGAGGUUUGGGAACAAGACCUUCGGCCAGCGGUUCCUGCUGUCGGAGACGUUCUGGAAGCGGGGCGAGGGGCCCAUAUUCUUCUACACGGGCAACGAGGGGGACGUGUGGUCCUUCGCCAACAACUCGGGGUUCAUCCUGGAGCUGGCGGCGCAGCAGGGGGCCCUGGUCGUCUUUGCUGAGCACCGGUACUACGGAAAAUCGCUCCCAUUCGGCGAGCGGUCCACGUGGCGAGGGUACACGGAGCUGCUGACGGUGGAGCAGGCCCUGGCUGACUUCGCGGAGCUGCUCCGGGUGCUACGGCAGACACUUGGGGCCCAGGACGCCCCCGCCAUCGCCUUUGGCGGGAGCUACGGGGGGAUGCUCAGCGCCUACAUGAGGAUCAAGUACCCCCACCUCGUGGCGGGGGCGCUGGCCGCCAGCGCCCCUGUCGUCGCCGUGGCAGGCCUCGGUGACCCCUACCAGUUCUUCCGGGAUGUCUCGGCGGACUUUGAGGGCCAGAGUCCCAAGUGUGCCCAGGCCGUGCGGGACGCCUUCCAGCAAAUCAAGGACUUGUUCCUACAGGGAGCCUACGACACGGUCAGCCAGGAGUUCGGCACGUGCCAGGCGCUGUCCAGCCCGGAGGACCUGGCCCAGCUCUUCGGGUUCGCCCGCAAUGCCUUCACCCUGCUGGCCAUGAUGGACUACCCGUACCCCACCGACUUCCUGGGGUACCUCCCCGCCAACCCCGUCAAGGUUGGCUGUGACCGGCUGCUGAGUGAGAGCCAGAGGAUCAAGGGGCUCCGAUCACUGGCCGGGCUGGUGUACAAUGCCUCGAGCACAAGGCCCUGCUAUGACAUCUACCUGCAGUACCAGCCCUGUGCGGACCCCACGGGCUGCGGCUUGGGCCCUGACGCCAAGGCCUGGGACUACCAGGCCUGCACUGAGAUCAACCUGACGUUUUCCAGCAACAACGUGUCGGACAUCUUCCCUGACCUGCCUUUCACUGAAGCCCUGCGCCAGCAGUAUUGCCUGGACACGUGGGGCGUGUGGCCCCGGCGGGACUGGCUGCAGACCAGCUUUGGGGGGGGCGACCUCAGAGCUGCCAGCAACAUCAUCUUCUCCAACGGUGACCUGGACCCCUGGGCAGGGGGAGGGAUUCAGAGCAACCUGAGUGCGGCAGUCCUCGCCAUCACCAUCCACGGGGCAGCACAUCACCUGGACCUCAGAGCAUCCCACCCAGCAGACCCUGACUCUGUCGUGGAGGCGCGCAGGCUAGAGGCCACCCUCAUCAGCAAGUGGGUGGAGGCAGCCAGGCACGAGCAGCAGCUGCAGCCGGCACAGCACGAGGGGCUCAGAGGCUGAGGGCUGCUCCCUCAGGAGGACCGGGGGGACUUGCUGGGAGCCUGAGGAGCGUCAGGGAGAAGUCGGGGAGGAGCUCGGCUGGGGGGAGGGGUGCGGGGGGGGGCAGGGCCUUGCCUGAGGGAAGCUGGAGAAACACUGCUGGCCUGUCAGGCACAUCCUGACCCAUCUGGUCUGAGGCCUGGGACACAGUGAAGAUGCUCACACCAUCUCCUAAACUCAGCUGUUAAUAAAAUCCUCAGUUCCCA